GCUUAGGUGAUUCGUCUCGAGAAAAGUGAGAAAACGUUCAAUUUGGAUAAUAUCGUUUUAAGUGUCCUCUCCCUUCACCCUCAGAUUCGCCUACACAAAUCCCCUCCAUUCGACCGGAUUAGAUAGCCUCCUGUGCAACCAAUAGAAGCAAAGUAGUCAAUAAUUUGAUAUCGGUGGGUUCGGUCUCCGUGGAAAAUUUUUUUUGGUGCAGCAUUAAGAGAAUCGUCGGGAUAGUGUGAUAGUUGUAAGGGGGUCGUGAAGUGAGUGAAGAUUUUGACUGGACUUUGUUGAAUAUACAGUGGAUCGGGGGAAGGAAUUCAAACAAGCACUCAUUGAACAUACUCUGAAAAUUCAGUGAAAACGGACUAAUAAACGAAUAUUGCCUCAGGCAAUCGACUUCAGACAUUUGCGGUUAGUGAUCAAAACCAGCACAAUGCUGUUCUUCCUCGCAGCGCUAGUUAUCUACUUUGCUACGCCAACCAGCUCCCAAUCGUAUCCAGUCUUCGGAACAAAAAGAUAUCAUCGAGCAUCCAACAAUGUGCAGAUGCCCGUUCCCGCUUCGCUAGUUGCAAAUCCAUCUUACUACAAUACUCCCCCGAAAUACUACUACGAUCAGAGACCGGCCUAUGCAGUGCCCACCUAUCAUGAAACCUACCCCGACGACAAUCCCUACUACUAUUAUCCUAGACAAGAAUACUACGGGAUGCCCAUAUACCAUGGCGAAUACAAACCGUCCUCAUACUACUAUGCACAUGCACCUAGCUAUAGUUACUACGAUGAUCGAGAGGUAGGCACUAACCCCAUGGAUGACCUUCAUGAGGAAAUCCUUCAAGAAGAUGAACGAGAAAGGCAAAGAGAGCUAUAUCCCGUGGCACAAGAAGGCUGGUAUGAAGGAGAUGGCGGACAACAGGAUGAAUUGACAAAUAACUUUCUAAGAAAUCUUAUUGCGUACAAUAAACAAAUCAAUGCGCAGGAACAGCAACAACAGCAGGAACAAAUGGCUAUUGAGCAAAAUGAGCCUAAACCGCACCAGGACUAUCAAAACGACCGAACGGCACCAAUGUAUGAAGAUGAAUACGCAGAUUAUGCAUCAUCGGAAUAUGAAUAUGUUCCGGAGCAAACAGAAUCUUUCAGUGCAAAGAAGUUCUCCCAAAUGGAACCAGAAAAAUAUGAAAAAUACUCUGAUGUUGAGGAUGAAAAUGAACGACAAUUGAAAUUCCUGGCGCAUCGACAAAAAUCCCAAUCGCUACAAAACAAUCAACACAAACAUCAACCAUCACACUGGGAUCAACAAGCUUCUCCGAAAAGCGGUCAUCACAAUCAAAACAAAGCAACAUACGCUGAAGAAGAGACCGGUCCUGAAUACGAAGACGAUACCUGGAUCAACUGGGAUCGAAAACGAAGUGGAAACACUCAAAUGAAAAUAUUCCCUCAGCCACAGAAGGAUGAAUCAAUCGAAGCAUUCACCAAUAGAAAACCAACUCUCUUCGUUGGCAAACCAUCAUCUACGGUGAGGCCAGUCGUAGGCAAGGAACCUUCCAAGACCGCCUCCAGCACUUCAACAUCAUCAACAACCACCACAACAUCUACAAUGAAGCCCAAGCACAGCGGGAUAUUUACAGGUCAAAAAGAGGUUGUUCUUCCGCGGCCAGCUGGCUCAUUCCCUAGGAGCAUGUUCGUGAAACCAUUGCAGAAUGCUGCACAGACAGAAGGACUAAAUGCAGUUCAAGAAACACCGGAAAAGGCUCAAAAUGGUGUCAAAUCAUCUGCUGGAGUUUAUGAUACUAUUAAGCAGUUGAUUGCAAUGCAGCAACAAUUUCAACAGAACCCAUCAAAACUGCAGAAACGUUUCGUCUCCAACGAAGAAGGUUUAGUUCACGAAUUGGACAGUUUAAAACGACGAUCGGUGUAAGGACUCAUCGCUUAAUUUCCCCAAGGCUCCUAUCAAUUGCCUACGGAACUUAUAUAUAUGCAGCAAUUCUAUCAAUUCAUAAUACCAAGUAAUUUUACGUAAUUGAAAUUUAAAUUUUACAUAUUUAAUUUAAGGAAAUCCAACAUAAUCUCUGAUUUGAUAGUUAUUACAUUAUCUGAACAAAAUAGUAUCUUGGCAGGAAAUGUAAUAGCUACUAAAGUCAAAAUACUAAUAUUUCACAUUUUUAUAUUAUAAGCAUAUUUCUGGAGACUGAUUGAAGGCAAGAAUGAUGAAUCCUUUUUUUAAAAAAAUAUUUGAAAAAAAAAUGAAUAUAAAACACGAAAAAGUUACAAAUACUUAAACUUAAAUCUUUAAAUCUGUAAAUAUGUGAAAAUAAUUGCUUUAUACACUUUAAUUUAUCUCUAUUAAGAAAAAGUGAUCUAGUUUAUAAAUUCAGAGGAAAAUUAUUAAAAAAGAUUCAUUUUAAAUUAGCAUUACCUUCAGAUCUAAUGCUCGAGUACAUGCGAUAUUCGUUCCUAAAUUUUUAGUUCAAUUCAACUGAAGAAUCUUUUGACUUAUCUGAAUAUUUUUAUUUAUUUAGCAUGUUUGAAGAGACAAAAUUAAAUUAAUAACAAUAAAAUUAGUUUUCAGCUUCAGAUCCAAUGAAGCUUGACCUACGUAACAUAGCUUGAAAGAUAAUAUCGCAUCGCAUUAAAAAAAGAUUUAUUCGAGGUUUUUGAAAUUACUUCUAAAUUAAAUGGAUUAAAAACUGAAGUAAAUUUCCGUGGGACAAUGAAACGGAUUGCCAGGGUCUUAUAGCUUCCAUGCAAACUGAAUGAAAUGCUUCCAAAACUCGUUGGUUAACUUUGAAACAGAUUUUUCAGUUGCCCAGAUUUUUGAGCCUUCGUAUCUAUUGGUUGAGAUAUAAGCAAGGUGUUCAUUAUUCGGCAAGGAGUUUAUGAACCAAUUCCCCUACUGUCCUUUUUGCAGACUCCUAAAAAUCCAAAUAUGUUACUAACUAGGUCAACACUGCACAAUAUACAAUGUAAGACGGAGAUAACUCCCUGAAAUCCUUUGAAUAUUUCUUUGGCUGAAGAUUUGUUUUGUACAAUUACAUGAUAAAGUCGCAAAAUAAUAUAGUUGAACCUUUCCCUUUAACUGGCCGCCAUUUAACAUAUUAAAAGGCCAGCAAUGCAAUUAUCGCCCUCCUUAGCAUAUGACCUAUCCACUGCCACAUUCGCCAACAAAAUACAUCGCGUACGCCAGCCAAGUUAUCUUAAACCCCUGCACGCAUUUACAAGCGGUCUAAAUAAUCAAUGUCACAAAUCAACGAAUAAGCUGGGUGCCCUUGCUUUCAAGGAUAUAUUGGUAGUCCACCAAAUUGUAAGCCAGAAUGUACAAAAAAUUCAAAAUGUCCGCCAAGUCAGCCCUGCGUGAAUCAAAUAGGCAGUGACCCAUGUCUAGGAAUUUGCGCUGUCAAUGCAAAACGAUAAGAAAACCUUAGACAACCAAUGAGAUAUCCGAGAUUUGUUUUUUGCUGGAAUCAAAUCGUUUUAUACAGAACACAGACUACUCGAAAGAAGUCGCCCAAAUGCAAACAAGCCUAUUGCAAAUUCCGAUCCUUUCACGGGCCUCUUCCGUUUUUGGAACGGGAAAAAAUUCUUUUGAGCAAAUCAGAAACAUCAUUGAAAUUAUUCAAAAGCUGGUGAGUGAUUUUCACCCGACGACUGUUUCACCCGAAGGCUGUCAAACAACCAAACUCCCCUGACAGGUUUGCCAGUUGUGAACACCGACUGCGCGAGAUAAUAUGAGGAACCGGACGGCAUGUGCUGGAGCUAACCCGAAUGCUAGCAGUUCGGGGGCAGAGAACUCAAUCAACGACGAAAUGUGCGGAACGGAAUUGUACUCCGUUGUCCGUCAACACUGAUUCAGGAGUGGCAAAGACAUUAAAGAUUCCAUCCACUAGAAAUCGGGUUACAACUUUAGCCACGAAACGCCGAAUCGGCUCCACGAAAGUAAAUUUCGUGAUGUGAUCAAGCACCACGGUAGCUCCGGCGUUUCCCGAUUAAUUUCCUGAGUACGGACCGAUAAAGUCAAUGAACAGCUUCUGAAACGGCCUAUCAGAGAGUGGAGUGAAAACCACAGGAGGGCGAAGUGUUUGAUUGGGCGCCUUAGUGGUCUUGCACAAAGCACAACUGUCCACAUAUGGCCUCACUUGUUGAGCAAUACAGGACCAAAAGUACAGGCUUUUUAGACUAUGUAAGGUCUUAGCAAACCCCGCAUGAGCUCACGCUCAAUCAAACCCUAUAUCAACUUACCUAGAACCCAAAUUUUCCAACCCGAAGCUUCCUGGAGAGCAUCUCCCGAGGCAUGUUCUCCUCUGAACUCGGGCUGUCAAUAGGACAUAUUCCGUGAUCAGCGACCACCUCAAAUUCAUGUCUCUCCACGUAGGCCCGGAACUUCUUAAUGGCCUGCACGGCAGCCAGACAUUCCUGCUCCCUCACCGUAUAAUUGCGUUGCGCCAUGCUAACUUUCUGCGACAUAAAAGCAAUAGGAGCAUCGUCUCCGUCAAGUGUUACUUGAACGAGAACCGCGCCUAUGAGGUCUUUGCGGGCGUCGCAAUGUAUAAAAAACAGUUUGAUGAAACCUACAUUAUGCAGCACCGCCUUCAUUUGAUGAAACGCUUGGAGCCCAUCAUCAGUCCAUUCAAACCGACGACCCUUACACAGUAUAUUGGUCAAAGGAGUUGUAACAGCUGCGAAGUAGCGGAUGAACCUACGGUACUAGAUGUAGACACUCAAGGAACAACGCAACUGUCUCACUGAUUUCGAGACCAGAAACUCCACAAUAGCCUUUAUUUUGUCUGAGUCAGUCCGAGCUACUUCAUGUCCGAUAAUAUGCUCCAAGUGUUUCACCUCCUUCCAUGCGAAAUGGCUUUUGUCCACAUUGAUAGUCAAACCCGCACUCUUCAGAUAAGCAGCAACCUGUGGAAGGAUGAGAAUGUCGUCCUUGAACGUCUCAGACACGACAAACAAAUCAUCCACAUAGACGAACACUUGAUUCCUCAGAUGAGCUGGGAUCACCUUCACCAUUAACUCACUCAAUGGAACAUUGCACACGAAGGCGGUCUUAUCCCUUGACGCCACAUCGAGGGGCGCAAGAAGACGUCCUUAAGAUCACUACCACAAAUUUAUUGAGCCCUAGGCAACCGACUCAAGAUCCCACCAAUGAGCAGCAUGGGAUAAGCACUCUUUACCGUGCAGAGAUUGAUGUUACAGGCACCAAGGUAAAUUUGUCAACAUGCCAAGUUUAACGACCAAGUUUAACCCAAGCGCUUUGCGACUUCUCGACGAACUCCAUUUCCAACAGCCGAUCUACCUCCGCGUAAAAAAGUUUCUCCACAACUGGCGAUACCGGAUAGUGACGGUGUUUGAUCGAUUUGGCAUCUCCUGUAUCAAUGUGAUGCAAUACCAACAAUGUACGUCCUAGUCCUUGUUUCGUGAAAGAGAGAAACAUGGUUAUCGCAGCUUGCAGCUCAAGCUCCUGCGGGGGCGAAAGUACAUGUCGCCGGCUACAGGUGUUAUCGACAGUCUCCAAAGCUCUCGAACCCUGCGAAGAUGGAAUACCGUUUGUUAGAAAAUGGCCAGGUGCUAAAUUAAAGGGAUGAUCCAGAACUCCAUGUCAGCUGUAGAUCCCCCAAACGCGACCUUAGCAGAAACCUUUCCUAGGGUGGAAUGAGAAGUCCCAUCUGGGCAGUGCGUCCAAGUGCUACUAAUGUCGUCCUUUCCUUGUUCAAGUCUUCAGAUCUUAACGUAUCGCUUUAGUUCGUGAUACUUGUCAUCCCUAGCUCGGGUUCGACUUUCGAUUAGUAGUCGGUAAGCCUCAUUUUUCUUGUUAAUCGCUUCCAGGCAUCAUUGAUCCAUUCGUUACGAUUCCUCCAUUCUACAUGCCCAAGAGUACUUUUAGCUGAACUCUUCAUACCAUCCCUAAUUUUUCGCCAUAUGUCGUCACUGCUUUCUUCAAGACCAACAUGAGGUAGUGUGUCGAAAUGGACCUUGAUUUGGAUGUGUAAGCCACUUUAACCGUGUCGUCUUCCAUCUUUUUCACAUUGAUUUUAGGAGUCCACCUCCUGUGGCUGUGGCUGUUUUAGCCAUUCGGCAGCGGUAUUCCCUUCUAAACUAGAAUGGGCCGAGUCACAGUUAGCACCUCGUAGCGUCCUCACUUGCAAUGUGUUUGAGGCAACUAUUUUCUGGACGAGGAUGUGGUCGAUUUGAUUGAAUGUCUGCCCGUCUGGUGAGGCCCAUUUCAUUUUAUGUAUGUUCUUACGGGUGAAGCAAGUGGAGCUCACAGCGAAGUUUUCGCUGCUGGUGAAAUCUAUUAUGUGUUUAAUUAUAGAGGGUCUGCCCUCUUGUUAUGCCUCUACGGAACAGUUCAUUGCCAAUUUUAGCGUUGAAGUCUCCCUAUAAUACUUUGAUGGCAUUGGGGAGCAAGCCGUCAAAAAUUCUGUCCACUCGGAUCCAGAAUCCGCCUUUAACGACGACACCCAAUCCUCCGCAUCCUCACUCUUUGUGGCUGAUAUAUUUUGUGUAAAGUCCGCAAUCAUUUAAUUCGCUCCCCAGCCAUUUCGUUUCCAAGAUCGCGAGGAUGAUAAUGUUGUUACGGAAUACUUCCUGGAGAAGCUCCCGCAGUGCACCAGUUCAAAAAAGGGAUCGCACAUUUCAAUACCUAAACAAGUCGGGAAACCGAAAGCCCAGGCACCAUAUAGUGGCAGCCUCCUGAUUUUUUUCAGAUUUUUCGGUUUGGUAGUUUCUGAGAAUGGCCCCCUUAAAGAAGGGAUCACUUUCAAC